AUAUUACAUUACUUGUUAUCAUCGUCAGCAGAUAAUUUUCCGUUUUUGUGUCCCUUAAAUGUCUGCUUCUCUGUCCCCGACUCCCGCCCUGUCCCCUCGCGCAGUCUCCAGUUCCCGCGGCGCCCCCUGCCUUUCCAUCUCCCCGUCUUUCCGUUUCCGCGCAGACGCCGGGUACGCGUGCAGUGGGGGCGCGCUUUCAUAGUCUGGCUAGCUUUGCUUAGCAGCGAAUCUUCCGGAUUCGUCCACUUUCUAUCAAAUGCCAGGGCCGCCUCCUUUUUUAUGGCUGAGUAGAAUUCCAAGAGUACCUGCCCACCGUUUUUCAAUCCGUUCACCGCUUUGUGGACAUUCCGGUUGGUUCCACGUCUUAGUGAUCAGAAUAAUGCCACGAUAAAGACUUCGACAAGACCCCACCCCUGGGCUGGGCCCCUCUUCAGCUUGAAGUCAAUGGCAGGGGACAGAAGCGAACCCUGCGACCUGGACCAGGAGAAGUAUGAUGCUGAUGACAGUGUGAAGAUCAUCUGUCUGGGGGACAGUGCAGUGGGCAAGUCGAAGCUCAUGGAGAGAUUUCUCAUGGAUGGAUUUCAGCCACAGCAGCUAUCCACAUAUGCCCUGACCCUGUACAAGCACACAGCCACGGUGGACGGCAAGACCAUCCUUGUGGACUUCUGGGACACAGCGGGCCAGGAGCGGUUCCAGAGCAUGCAUGCCUCCUACUACCACAAGGCCCACGCCUGCAUCAUGGUGUUUGAUGUACAGAGGAAAGUCACCUAUAAGAAUCUGAGCACCUGGUAUACAGAGCUUCGGGAGUUCAGGCCAGAGAUCCCAUGCAUCGUCGUGGCCAAUAAAAUUGAUGCGGACAUAAAGGUGACCCAGAAAAGCUUCAGUUUCGCUAGGAAGUUUUCCCUACCCCUGUACUUUGUGUCAGCUGCCGAUGGUACCAAUGUUGUGAAGCUCUUCAAUGAUGCCAUCCGACUAGCUGUGUCCUACAAACAGAACUCCCAGGACUUCAUGGAUGAGAUUUUGCAGGAGCUCGAGAACUUCACGUUGGAGCAGAAAGAGGAUGUGGCAGACCAAGAGGAGAGUGGCCAUGCCGAGACCCUGUCCCCUUCCUGAUUCUGGAGGGUGGGUGUUUUCUUCUUUCCAAAACUGACCUCAGGGACUCUUCCUGUAUUUCUCCCAGGCAGGGAACAAUGGCUGUCCCCUGAUUGCCCCCCUUCCCACCCUGUAGGUUUGUGAGGCCUCGCUUUUUUCCACCUCUGUCUCCCAGCCAACUUUUUUAAAAAUUGGUUUUUGGCAGACAGCUAUUUGUGUCAGGUUUCUGAGCAUCUGCUCUGUACGUGCUCUUGUAGGUGAGGCCAGGGUCACAGAAAUGAGCUGGCCACUAGAGUUUAGUAAAGCAAGUGGCAGAUCUGUCUAGUUAGGAAUGCACAGAAGUGGUUGUUAGUCAGGUCAGUACAGCACCCCAAGGUAUAUACAACAUUAGCUUCAGGAGGAGCUUCCUUUACACCCCUCCCCCCCUCAGCAUAAGAGACUUUCCCUUCCUUUUUUUUUUUUUUUUGAGGACAAAUUUAGACAUCGUGCCUGCCGUGCGUAGCCAGGGGUUGAACAGCUGCAGCCUUUUCCUC